AUGUCCACCUCACAACCAUCUCCGGCUCCAAUCACGCCAACAACAGAUACAACUCUGCUCUCGGAGCUCUGUCCCUUCUGCAACGCCGCGCCGCCCAAAUAUCGAUGCCCUGCCUGCGACGCGCGUACCUGUUCCCUCACAUGUUCAAAGCGCCAUAAAACAUACAAACAAUGUAGCGGCACCCGUGAUCCGACCGCAUAUCUCAAACGUUCCGCUCUCACGACUCCCUCUGCGCUGAACCGGGACUUCAAUUUCCUCACUGGCGUCGAGAAGGCUGUUUUGCGCGCUGAUGGUGGCGCGGAGGAGGAGGAGCAGGAGAAAGUGAAUAAACAGAAACUGCAGAAUAGACAAGCUUUUAUAGAGAAGAGCGGAGUUGUGUUUAAGAGCGCUCCGAGAGGACUAAAGAGGGCGAGAGAGAAUAAGACAGAUGUUGUCAAGACAAAGAAACAGAGGGUGCUGGGCUGGACAGUUGAGUGGAUUAUGUGUGAUGAGGGGAAUAGGAGGAUCCUAGACGACAGAAUUACCGAAACCUCGAUACUCUUCCAUGCAUUUUUCCAUCCAAACAAUGGCGAAUCCCGCAAAAAGGCAAAGGCCGAAAUGGCCAAAACACGUUUCUACCUCCGCAAGGUUGGAACACCGGCCAACAAGCCUACACUGAUACAGCUGAACCCUUUGGCUGCGCUGAAGGACUGUCUAAGAGGACGUAUAGUGGAGGAGUACCCGACAUUAUAUGUAACAUCGCAAGAAGGCCAUCCGCAAGGGUGGGAAAUAGAUGCUAGUAUCGCGGCAGAUACAGGGGGGAAAUUGGAGGUGCUAGAAGAGACAGGCGAGGUGAAUCUAGACGCUUUGGAGAAAAUAGUUGCAGGAAAUAUGGGCGAUAGUCUUGUUGAGGAAUCGGGUGCCAAAGAGGAGGUACCGAAAGAGCUCGUGGAAGAGGAGCUUGUGGUAGAUAUGGAGGAUCCCAGCGGAGAGGUUAAGGAAGGGGGGACAAAGGAUUCAGAGAUGGAAGGCCAAACAGGAGCGCCUAAGAGCGCUAUAUCUCCAGAAGGCGAUGAGGUAACCGGUACCAAAUAG